AUGGAAAUGGAGGUCACUGAAGGAGGGAGCUGCUUUCCCCAGACAAAGCACUGCCUAAACAUUGAUUUAGCUGAGAAUGCGUUUGAAAAGCAAGUGAGACCAAGGAUGGCGGAGAGGGCAAAGGCAAGUGUGCACUCAGAGGAGACUCAUGGAGUUAUUGCUGGGAGCCAGAUAAAGCUUCCUUUAAUGUGUAAGAGCCAUCUCAUAGGCCUUAGGUGGAAUGCUAUAUUUCUUCACAGAGUCAACCUCCACCCUGAGAAGUAUGUCUUUCUAACUACAUUCAAGCCCAAGGGCAAUUGGCCUCCUGAGCCAAAUAGACACUUGGGAACAGCUGGCAGCCAGGAAGAUAGCACCCAUGAUUUUCGCUUCUCAUUUGCUUAA